CGCUGUGGGGCUUUUUAAAUAAAGUUAUUUAAAUUGAAACAAAAUGGCAGCGCCCUGUGUGUCUCUCAUGCAGCUGGGCUGAAGCUGUAAAGAAGACGAGGAGAAAUGCGUUAUCUGCUUUAACCACAGUGUCGGUUGUUUUAUGCUUCAAACAGUCAUGGGAGCUCCCGGAAAGCCGACUAAAAAGGAAAUCAAAAAGCAGACUCCAGCCAAGACCUCCUUCACCUCACCCUUUGCCUCAAAAUGGAGCCCGCUCCCCCAAGAGGACAUGCACUUCAUCCUGAAAACUCUUAAGGACAAGUUGAUCUCCAUGGGUCUGGAAAAAAAAGAAGUGAAAGGGUUUCGCAUAUGGAGGAAAAAGAAAGGCAAAAAACCUGAUGUCGCACCGGAACCUGUUCCCCAGGAGAGCGAUUCCUCCAAAAACGGCUGGACAGAUGUGGCAGCCAGACAGCAGCUGGCCAUCGGCAUCAACGAGGUGACCAAGGCUCUGGAGAGAAACGAACUCAGACUGCUGCUCGUGUGCAAGUCUGUCAAACCGAAACACAUGACCAAUCACCUGAUCGCUCUGAGCGCCACCAGAGGAGUGCCGGCCUGCCAGGUGCCUCGCCUGAGCCAGAGCGUGUCGGAGCCGCUGGGGCUGAAAAGCGUGCUUGCCCUGGGGUUCAGACGGUGCUCCUCUAGUGACAGUGGGAUGUUUACCGACACUGUCGAUGCCAUUAAGCCCAGAGUGCCUUCACUGGACAUGGCAUGGCUGCAAGGUGCUAAACCUGAAGAACCUGUUGCCAUGGAGGAGGAGGAAGGUGGCGAAAGAAGGGGACAAAAAAGGAAACUGGAAAGUGAAUAUGAGGAGGUGUCAGAGUCUCCCUCCUCCUGCACUCUGCAGCCGCUCCAGGUGAAGAGAAUCAUUGCUAACCCUGCAAAGAAAAAGAAAGGGAAGCCGAAGAAAUAGCUGUAAAGUGAAAGAAAAAUUUUAAGGACUGUUUGUUUAGCUCAGGAGUUUCCAGUGUUGUUUAUUUUUUGGGUUUUGAACAGUGCUUGCAGCCUCAGUCUGGACAUAACUUAUGUGAUUAGUUUAUAUAAAGAAUUUCUGGAAGCUUAAAGAGAAAAAAAGGUUUUUGGGAACAAGGUUUAGACUUUUCUGCCAAGUAUUUUUAUCUGGGGAAGCCUCAGACCUUCAGGUUUGCAUUCAUUGUUUCAGCAGAUUAGUAGCAUUGCAUAUGGUUUCAUGCAUAUUUAUACAAUUGAAUAUGGUCUGACUGAAGUUUGAAUUUCAUUUUGUCCACAAUUAAAGCUGGUCUGCACACAUUGUUUUUUAUAAAGGCAAUUAAGUUUUUCCUGGUAUUUUGAUAGUGCUGUUUGUUUGUUUUAAAUGGAGCUUGUAAUAUUUUACCCUCGAAUGAAAUAUAUUUCCUCUAUAUAAUACAGAGGACUGCCAUUAGACCACCAACAUCUUGGAGCUGUUGUGCUGGAUUGCUCGGGUACUAAGUAGAAAGUAGUAGUCUAUUUAUGUUGAAAUGUAAGCAGAAUUUUAGACCUCAGGUAGGCACAAAUGAACCAACUUAAUGAUCAUUUUCCAAUUUUAAUUUGCUGUAAAUAUCUAUAGAUGGACAAAGGUACUGGGAGAUUACAUCACUUGGUUGAAUUGGGAAUGUCUUGAUCCCCUCCUGGGAGAGGGAGGUCUGAGUUCCUCUGCUUAGACUGCUGGUCCCGUGACCCGGAUAAGCAGAAGAUCGAUGGCUGGAAGGGAAAGAUUAAGAUCAAUAGAAAGAUCCUUUAUUAAUCCUUUGCAGGAAAUGACAUUGCCUCUGCAGACACAGACAUAACACCACACAUCCCAAACAUCAGCUCCAUUACUUAUUUCUAAUAAAGUUAGUAUGAAUAAAUAAAACUAUCAAUAACUAACAUGGACUAACUACAUGGAUCUCUUAUCAAGUUUUUAGGGUCGCAGGAGAGCUGAACCUUAUUCCAGCAGACAUAGGGUGAGAGGCAGGGUAUAGCAGCAUGUCGCAGAGCUGAAACAGUGACAGACAGUCAUUUAUACCUAUGAGCAAUUUAGAAUCCCCAGUUAACCUAACCCCACUAACUGCAUGUCUUUGGACUGUGGGAGAAACCCGAGCACGCAGAGAGUACCCUGUGUUCUUGAUAAAGAAUUCCGAGUAUCCAUCUAUCCAUUCUCUUCUGCUUAUCCUGUGUGAGGAAGCCAAAGUACCUGGAAGGAACACAGAAAAGAUCCCAGCCUGAUGGUGGAAUUGAACUGAGGACGUUUUUG